CUUGUCUUCUCCUACCCCUUACGGGUGUCGCCAGACGGAGAAAGCAAACGUGGGCCUCCGCAGAGGGACCGCGCUCUCGUGGAGCUAGUGCCCUGCCUGCCCUCUCCCGGCGGGGAACUAGGAGCCGGAGGCGGCAAGUGGAAGUCUCAACGAAGAAAAGAACACAGCGGGCCCCGGCCUCGCGGCGCCCGGGAAAAAAAGGAAAGCGACAUUCGCCCAGCGCUCAGGACCACCGUGGCAGGAGAAGCCGCCCCGCGGCGGAGACUCGAGACUGUUCAGAGUCCAAGGCUGCACACUGUGUAUCUCCUGCCCCUGACUUUGGCCUGUGGACUUGCCCUGCUCUGAUUCUCUGCCUCAGAAAGGACCAUGCAGCUGGAAAUCAAAGUGGCCCUGAACUUCAUUAUCUCCUACUUAUACAACAAGCUGCCCCGGCGCCGUGCAGACCUGUUUGGGGAGGAGCUGGAGCGGCUGUUGAAAAAGAAAUAUGAAGGCCAUUGGUACCCUGACAAGCCGUUGAAGGGCUCUGGCUUCCGCUGCGUCCACAUUGGGGAGAUGGUGGACCCUGUGGUGGAGCUGGCUGCCAGGCGGAGUGGCCUGGCAGUGGAGGAUGUGCGGGCCAAUGUGCCCGAGGAGCUGAGCGUGUGGAUCGACCCUUUUGAGGUGUCCUACCAGAUUGGCGAGAAGGGGACUGUGAAAGUGCUGUACCUGGAUGACAGCGAGGGCGGUGGUGCCCCAGAGCUGGACAAGGAGAUCAAGAGCAGCUUCAACCCCGAUGCCCAGGUAUUUGUACCCAUUGGCAGCCAGGACAGUUCCCUGUCCAACUCCCCAUCGCCAUCCUUCGGCCAGUCGCCCAGCCCGACGUUCAUCCCCCGCUCCGCACAGCCCAUCACCUUCACCACCGCCUCCUUUGCCGCCACCAAAUUUGGCUCCACCAAGAUGAAGAAGGGUGGCGGGGCAUCAAGUGGGGGCAGUGUAGGCAGCAGUGGGGCAGGUGGCCAGCAGCCACCACCACAGCAGCCGAGCAUGGCCCGCUCGCCCACCAGCAACCUGCUGAAGCACAAGGGCCUGUCUUUGUCUAUGCAUUCACUGAACUUUGCCCCAGCCAGCCCGGCACCUCAGUCCCAGCUCUCGCCCAAUGCCAAGGAGUUCGUGUACAAUGGUGGUGGCUCGCCCAGCUUGUUCUUUGAUGGGGCCGAUGGCCAGGGCAGUGGGGCCGGCACCUGCAACAGCAGCAGCUUCGACAUGGCCCAGGUGUUCGGAGGUGGCACCAACAGCCUCUUUCUGGAGAAGGCACCCUUUGUGGAGGGCCUGAGCUACAAUCUGAGCACCAUGCAGUACCCCAGUCAGCCGUUCCAGCCCGUGGUACUGGCCAACUGACCACGUGCCGCCCGCGGGCCCCAGAGCACCCCAGACCACCAGCGGGAGAGAGGAAAGGAGAGGCUGUCGAGAAAGAGGAAGAGAAAAGUGUAUAGAAAGAUUACCAGUCUUCUCGCUCUCACCUCUACAAAAAGGACCCAGCCCAGGCAUGGCGUGGGAGGGGGCUCCUGGAGCACCAGAUUGUGUUUAACUCAAUCCCUUGACUGUCUUCCUGCCUGGCUCUGAUUUAUUUGGUUGGUUUGGGUUUUGUAUUUUUUUUUUCUUCUUUUAGUUUUUCUACAUGUAGUUUUCUAUAGCACAUCUUUAAUUAGCGGCUUCCUGUGCUAAGAAUGGUCCAGAUGUGAAUUGCUGCUCCCUGCCCCUCCCUCCCUCCCUCCCUCCUUCACACUCCUUUAAGGUUUGUGUGGCCAAGCUCACAGGGAAAGAAGAGCUGCAGCUGGGGCCCGGCCCUCCCAGAGUAGGGAGAAGCUGGCCCUGUGUCACUGCCUCUGUCACCCAAUUAUCCUCUCACUCAAAGCCAUUGGACCUUACCAGGUCUUCUCUGGCCCUGCCCACAAAUAGCUCUGACCCCAGCCCCCACUCUCUCAGGCUGGGCCACCCGACACCCUCCCCCUAGAGCUAUGACUGACUGCAGGGAAGUUAGCACUCUGUUUAGCUGAGAUACUUUCAUCUCUGACCUGUGUCCCUGUCCCACCCUCCCCUCCUGCCCUAGACCAUCCUCGCGGCCCUGGAGACGCAGCCGUCGCUACAUGUGGCCUCACUCUCUCACUAAUGCAGCCCUGUCUGCUCUGGGCCUAAGGUUGUGGGUAGGGAGGUGGGGUAAGUGUGUGUAUGCAUGUGCAUGUGACUCUGUAUGUGAGUGAGUGCACAUGGUUUGCUGUCCUGUUCUAAAGGAUCCCAGGCCUUGUGACACUUCCCCUCUGGGUAUGAUUCUGAUUGCAGCAAGUGCUUAUUUAUGUUCCGAGUUGGGAUGGGCCAGGGGUGGGUGAUCAGUCCUUUCAUAGGGCAGGACCUGUGGUGGGUGACACUGUGGCUGAGCCUAGAACACUCCCAGGGGAAAGCACUGCAGGAGGAACUGGUUUCCAAACUGCAGAGGAAUCUGCACUUUUGUUUUUGACCAAAAAAAAAUCUGAAGGGCAAAGGGCUUAGCCAAGCCUCUGACACCUAGAGAAGUCCCUAGACUUCCCAGCCCUGUCCUGUGGCCCUGGCUGUGGUGUGAACCACUGCCCUGAGCCCCUGAGGGGAUGGGGCUGGAGUUGGUGUCUCAGUGGGCAUGCUGGGCCUUGAUUGGAGGCAUCCUGGUCUUCGGGUCGUAGAUGUCAUUUUAGUGCAUGUGCACCCUGCCUGUGAGCUUCUUGUACCUCUUGCUGCCCUCACUCAAGCCCAGACCCUGAUGCUGUGAGGGAGUUUCCUGGGCGGCGGACAGGACAGCCAGUGCCCUCUGAGCCUUUGGGCUGCAGGAAGGUGCACACCCUGCUGCCUCUGCAGAAGUGGGGGUUUCUUUAGCCCAGGAGGCAGCUUUCUUGCCCUGAUGCUUUGGCAGGUGGGGUGCUUGGCAUCAGGGCCCCAUCACCAGAACACCAAAGCCCUGGAACCCCACCCUGUGCUAUCUUCCCAGGGCACUGGGAAGCAGGCAACUAUGGUGGCAGUGGAUCUGACCCAGACAGAUCCUGCCAGCCGCGUCUCCUUGCACUGGGCACUGGCUCUACCUCCCCUGGUGGGGCAAAGCCUUGGCUUCUCAGCCCAGCACCAUCUGUCCCCCUAUACCAGUCCACCCAGUCUGGGCCUCCCUCGCCCUCCUCCUCAGCUCCCGCACAGGUGACAGCCCAGGCAGACACAUUUCUCUGGGAAAGGUUGGAGCUGCAGUACCCCCUUCCAGCCGCAUCGUGCACACAGGAGCCACCCGCACUCAGGCUGCCUUGCUCCCCAGUGCUUCCCAGCACACCAGGGACAGGGAGACCCAGCCCCAUGGUGUCUUUGGAAAUCUGAAGAAAAAUGGGUGUUCAGGAGCAUGACUCCAGCCUGGGCUUCGGGCCCAGCUCAGUCUUGUCUCAAAUCUAGGCAUUUUUGCUUCAAUUUUAUUUUUUUUAAGAAAACAAAAACCUGCACUAAUUUACCUGGUUUCGUAGGAAAACUUUUUUUUUUAUUUUUUACAUUUUUUGGUGUCUGUUUGUAUUGAAUAAUUUGCUACAUUUGUAAAAUGUAAGAGGCAUAUAUAAUAUAUGUAUAUUUCUAACGUAAGAAACGUAAUUUUUUUCUUUUCAAGAUUUUUUCUUAAAAAGAGGAAAGAAACCAAUAUUUUUUCAGGAAAAAACAAACUUUAAAAUAAAAAAAGGAGAAUAAAACCUUUUUCUCCCCUUUCCCCAUCCUAUCUGUCCCUCUUUCCCAGGAACAAGUUGAAGGUGAAUUAUCUUGUAAAGAUUGUACACUGUCAGUCCAGAAUGGUGUCUUUUUCUCAAUGCGGUGACUCUAGAUUCUCUAGUUUUUUCCCUAGGAACAGGAAGGGGACAUUGAGGCAAGCGUGGAGAGGGGCCAGGGGAGCAGGGUAAUAACCUUUUUUUCUUUAGUGAAGGAGGAAUACAAUCAAGCAUUUUGUAUUCAGAAUGUUGUGCAAUAUUUUGGAAUGGAACAUUGGUGUGUUUAGAGAUUUAGUUUAAAAACAAAACAAAAAGAUUGAUCAAAUCUGUACAGUUUAUAUUGUUCCAGAUUUUUUUAAGUUUGUAUUAAAAGCAUGAUAUAUAAUAGC